UAUAACUACCUCACCAUCCAGACCAGUCCCAGCCAGUCAAAAACUCGAACGCCCAAACCAUAGCCAAACUCAAAGCCCUCUAUGGUUCUUGGUUGUUGCGCCUUCAGAGUAUUUUUUUUUCCCGGGCAAUAUUCUCUCCGUUCUUCAUCCGAUUUUUGGCUGAAAAGUAAACCCAAAAGCAUUGAGAUCCUCGGGAGAUUUCCGCACUCCGAGCUACUGUUCUUGAUUUCGAGACGUGGAAAGUGAUAGGAACGAGCACCGACACCAUAUUCUAUGACUAUCAGUUGAUUUUGGUACCUCCAAUGGCGGUUUCAGUGGUUCAGAUUUGGUUGAUGUGUCGUGCUGCAUGCGUUAACUGGAAACUAGCUUGUUUGGUUUGAGCCUGAGAAGAUUUUUGUGCUGCGAGUUGAAGGCUUGGAAUCUAUCCUGUAAUGAGUAUACCCAAAGCAAGUAGAAACACUGCAAAUACAACUGGAACUUAGUGAACCUAUAUGGUUACAUGGAACGAGUUGAGACUAAAAGAAAUUAUCAUGAUCAACGACCCUUGGGUACCUCAAGGCGAAUUUCACUGUGCCAUGCUAGCCAAAGUAUAAAGCUACAUGAGCCUUUCAAAAAGGAAAGACAUAGCUUUACAUAUGGCGAAGUCAAUGAUAGCCCUUGUAAGGCUUCUAGAAAUCAUCAGAAGGAUGUAAUUUCAGGAAAGAUGACCAAGAAGGAGGAAAUUAUAAGAUACAUGUCAAAUUUACCUUGCUAUCUAGAACGUGGUGAACACGUUCGGGAGAAAGUUCUUAGUGUAGGGGUUCUUGAAUGGGGGCGUCUAGAAAAAUGGCAGCAUGGCCGAAAACAUUUAUCAAGUAGAAGUAAUGGAUCUCCAUCCUCUUCAUCUGAUUGCCCAUCUCCCCAUUUUGGUUAUGAUCACAUCUCUUAUCCUCGUCAAAGAAUACAUCGUCCUUCACUCUAUUCUCAUCUGCUAGCUUCUCCUCAUUCCCAAUUUGUUAAAUCCUUUGGAGAAACAAAUGAAAAAGGCCAAGAUCUUAAAUUUGUCCAUAUUAACACCUUAAGUUGCCUAGGAAAGUCUAUAAAGAGUAGCCAGCAUUCCUUUAAAGCUGAUAGGGAAGUAAAGUUAAAAAAAUCUGAGAAGACAGGUUCAGAGACAAAAGUUCUCCAAGAAUGUAAACCUCUGCCAGGUGCGGUAUGCUAUGAGGUUGCAUCUUCUCAAUGUGGGGAUUUUAUUCGAGUAGAGACGUCUCGUUCACAAGAAGAUUCUGUAGAUAAGCAUGAUGUCUUGGAAAAACCUGAAGCAAGUGUCGCUUCACCCAGCAGCUUACCGAAAAACAAUGAUUCAGAAGUCCAUGAGUUUUCUGAUUCAACAUUCUUAUUAAGUCAUAGGUCCAAAGAAAGAAGUCAGAAGAGAUUACUGAAGAGGUCUACGGUGAGUUUGCCUGCAAAGCUCAAACAUGAUCUCCCAAACGCAAGCAAUACACACUGUAUAAUUAACGGGAACCAGUUUCUGCAAAAGCACAAUUGCUCCAUAAAUGCAUGCAAUAAUUCUCGCUCUGUAUCCAGGUCAGUUAGAGCAGGGUGUAGUACGUCCAAAGGUAGAAUAUCUGAAGAAAAAACAUCUGUUGUUGCACCUUUAAAUUCAAUGGUCAAGGAGGCAUCUAUUGGGUUGGAUGUGAAAGUAAGCACAGUUGCUAUUGUUAAAGGAAGAAGCUCUUCACCCUUUAGUCGAUUAAGCAUUGGCAUGGGUAGGAGAUGUAAAAAUUACAGUUCUGCAGGGAACUCAUGCGCCAGCGAUCAAAGUUCAGCACAUAUAGCAGUCCAAUCUGGAUCAGAGAAUGCUAUGCCUUCAGCUUGCUUGAAUGAUUUGAGGACUGAGAAACCCAGCAAUACAGGCAGAGCCAGUUCCAGUCCUCUUAGAAGGUUUCUGGAUCCUUUACUAAAGCCAAAGGCUGCAGUAUACCAUCAGGCUGUGGAACCUAUAGAGAAAGACUUAAAUAGCAUGGCUGAUAAAAAAUAUAAUCGACCGUCGGAUACAUCAGCAGUACAAUUAAGGAAACUUAAGCUAGACAUGAGCAGAUGCAGGAAAAUCAGUGUCAAUGAUUCAGCAGUGGACAAGAAGCAUGAACCUUCUGACGUUCGUGCUCUUCUACAAGUAACAUUUAAGAAUGGCUUGCCUCUGUUCACCUUGGCAGUCGAUAAUGUCUCCAACAUUCUUGCAGCUACGGUGAAGUUAACCAGCUCCAGAAAAGGGGCAGUUAGCCAUACUUAUACUUUUUUUACUGUUCAGGAAGUUAAAAGAAAGACUGGAAGUUGGAUAAAUCAAGGUAGUAAGGGGAAAGGUCGUGAUUACAUCUCCAAUGUCAUUGCACAAAUGAAGGUUUCUGAUUCAGAGCUUUCCCUCUUGACCCGACCAGAUGAGCCCUCUACCAGAGAGUUUGUCUUAUUUUCUGUGGACUUGAGACAGGCAGAUCACCAGACCUCAGAUUUUCUACCAAAUGAAGAGCUAGCUGCUAUAAUUGUCAAAAUUCCCCCCAAAAUCAAGCAAGGCACCAUUACCGAUGAGGUUAAACUGAGUUCUUACAACAACUUGUCUGAGGGUAGCGUGCGGCUUCAGCUUCCUGCUGGCAGUGAGUCCUUUAUCAGUGCAACAGUGUUACUUCCAAAUGGUAUGCAUAGCCUCCCGAGUAAAGGUGGACCUUCAUCCCUAAUAGAACGUUGGAAUUCUGGUGGAUCGUGCGACUGUGGGGGUUGGGAUUUAGGUUGUAAACUCAGAGUUUUUGCCAAUCAGAAUCAAAUAAUCGGGAAAUCAAGUUCAUCUCAACCUUCUCCAAUAACAGACCAGUUUAAGCUUUUACCUCAGGAAGGAGUACCAGAAAACCAUUGCGUCCUGAGCCUGGCUACUUUCAAAGAUAUGAUAUACUCAGUUGAGUUUGAUUCUUCUUUAUCGCUUCUGCAAGCAUUCUCCAUUUGUCUGGCAAUGAUAGAUUGUAGGAACUCACGCCAACUUCCAGAAGCAAGUAUCUUAUUUGAAUCUAAGACUUCAGGAAAAUCAAAGUUAAUGGAUAAUGAUAGAUUGUUGACUCCUAAUCCUCCUGAAAGAGAGGCUCCUGCGGAACAUAUAACUUGUCCGCCACUUUCUCCUUUUGGAAGGAUCUAGCUGGAAGUUUGGACUUCGUUCGAUGUGUAAAUAUCAGGUAUACAUUUCCAGGCCCAGCAAUCAAUUUUUACUCUUGUUGAUAGGGGCCUGUCAUAGAUAGAUCUGGAACCUGAACAACCUUUUGUCUUUAAAAUGCUCUGUUCUUCUUUGGCAGUCAUUCUAUACAAGAGCCGAAGGUCUUUGUAGCUUCUAAUAUUUUUUGUUAACCAUAGAGAAAAAAAUAGUGCAUGUACUUUCAAGGGACUCAAUCAACAUCCAUCUGUGUAUAUACCUAAUUAGACUGUAAAUUUUGUUUUGGUUAGUAUGAGAACAUCAAAAUUAUUGUUCCGUCAAGCUCGACUAGCCAAAUAUAUAUUCUCAAUCAAACGAUAAACCUUUUGAAAACGUCCUUUAAGCCAUCGACUAUGAUGAUGACAAUGACUCGAGGGUUCAAUAACUCGCACUCAAGUUUCAUUAGACAAUAGAAGAUCUUUCCAUUUAGCUAUCCUUAUACAUCACGAGUUCUCAAAAUCUGUUACUAUCACACAAUGUUCUCAUCAUCAUGUUCAUUGCCACACACCACAUUCCGUCCUUAUCUCAAACAAAAUUCAAUAGAAAUAAGUGGAUGAGAGAGUGAUACAUUACAUUGUCAAAUAGAGAAUAACAGAACUUGAUAUUAAUCUUUUUCGUCCCUAAUCUUUGAAUGGAGUCGUCAAUUUUCCCCUCUAUUUUAAAUAGCGAAUGAAGGAGGCUGCAUGUGUCAUGUUGCCUCCUUUAGGCAGCCAGGUCUGGCAUAGGCCCACGAUGCUCUGUUUAGUGGUCUUUCUUGUCUGAGAUGCCCCACUUGAGUUCUACCCCCGAUCAUCCUGCCUUUUAGCUUCUUUUUUUGGGCAUAUUCCCUUUCCAUUGAACUUUGAAGCAUGAAAUUGGUAUAACCCACCUGUUACAUCGCGCUACUAUUCUUAGGCUUUCUUCCAGUAAUAGCUCCAUGUUUUUCUUCUGACAUGCCCCCUUAGGGAUAGGAUGUUGUUUGACUUGCAAUUUUAACAUAUCUGUAUUUGUAUAAUGUGCAAUUGAAAGUUUGCAUUUAUGUAGCUCAUAUUUGAACUGUGGGGGAGAUAUGAGUUGAAU